UAAAACAUAAACGUCAAACAUAAAACAAAACAUUCGCGGAGCGCAAUGGUCUUAUCUUAAAUAAGAAAUUUUAAACUUUAUAAAUAUUUGUUACUCUUCUAUUAAAAGAUAAAAAUAGUAAUUUAAAUUUUUUGACAGAGAAAUUCUAGGUCAGAGAUUCCAACUUCUAAAUCAUACCUAAACAUUCGUGGUUUUUAUAAAAAAUGCAAUAAAACUUAGCAACAUCAAAUGCUUUUUGAGGGACUAUUUGAUUUCACCAUAAACUGCUAAUAGUUUUGAAGGCAAAUCGGAGAUAAAAGAUAAGCCAAAUGCAGAGUCCCGAGUUAUUGAAUGAAAACGACAGUGAAGAUGAUGAUAAUGAACCACUUAUUCAUAGAGUUCCUCGCUCAGGCGACCUCAACGAUGAUGUUGAAAUAGUCGAUGUAAGUUUAGAGAUUGUAGAUCAACCACCUGGUGAACCAGUUGCAAUUGUUGUAAUUGAUCCUCAUGAGAUUGAACCAGUGCCAGCAGAUGUACCAAUCAUACCUCCUGCCAUUCCUGAGAUUGAACCAGUGCCAGCAGUUCCACAAAUACUACCUCCUGCUGAACAACCAAAUGCUGUUAACAUGCCACCACCGCCGCCAACGGCAAAUGAGAGUCCGCCAACUCCAUCCCCAGCAAAGAAGAGAAAACGAACUUCACUUGGAUCGACGCCAAAGCUGAAGAAUCUCGACGACCUCGAUGAUAACGAAGACGAUGGCCUUACCUGUCCCAUCUGCCUAGACAGCUGGGAAAUGUCAGGCGAGCAUAGACUUGUCUCCCUCAAAUGUGGCCAUCUCUUCGGCGAUUCGUGCAUUCGUCGUUGGCUUCUCGAAUCUGGUCGCAAUGGCCUGAAAUGCUGUCCGCAAUGCAAGACGCGUGCUGUCAAUAGAGACAUUCGAUGUUUGUAUGCACGCCGGAUACGUGCCUUAGAUCGCAGCGAAGAGCAUCGUUUGCGAGAACAGCUAGAUCAGGAAAAAGCCAAAGUUAGUCAAUCCCAAACCGAACUGGCCACACUGAAAAUGAGUUACACCAUGAUUCUGCAGGAAGUCCAGAAGCUUGCAGGAGACAAUGAACGUUUGAAGAACAGCCUUCGUCAGGGAGGAGCUGCUGUCAGUUCGAACGUAGGCUCCCAAGAGACUGCUACUUGGUUACGUUCCUACAAAUUGUUCAUGGAGAAGAACAUUGAAAUAUCUAAAGAUCCAGGCUGCCGUGUUAUGAUUUAUUCACAAAAUUUCCAAACCAUGCUUGUCUCGCAGAAAUCCUCGCAAAAUCUUUUUCCCGGCUAUGGCUUGCGCUUUAUCGAUACGCCACAUUUUCGUCCGACAACAUUUCUCCACACAUCAGCAAAGACUGUCCGGGAUAUUUCCUUCAGCUCUGAUCAGAGACUACUAGUUGUUGCUUCCAUGGAAUCUAAGGUGAAAAUAUUUGACACCACCUCGAGAACGCCAGUGUCAGUUUUCAGUCCCACCGACAAGCCAUUAUGGGCAUGUUCCUUCGACAUCGGUCAGCGGGAGAACACCAUGUAUUUGGGUGCCCAGCAUGGAAGUACAUAUUCAUAUGAUAUAAGAUUUCCUGAGACUAUUGUUGAGGAAUUCAAAACCGAGGGUGACCUAAGUCCAGUCAUAAAUAUAGCUCCCGUCUCAGCCACAAAUCACUUCCCGCAUGGAGGUUUCUUAGUUUGUAAGCUGCAAUCACUGUGGUUCUAUGAAUACACAGAUGCAGGGCAAGAAGUUCGAUCGACCAAAAUCGGAGUCGAGGGUCCUUUCAUAUCGAUGUCAUAUGAACCGAGUAGUGAGAAUCUGUUGGUUUUUGCCAGGGCCAGCACUCGGUAUCCACAAUCGCGAUACAUCAUUGGCAAGCUGGAGAAAAUCGAUGAUCUGGCCGUGUUCAAUGUUAAAGUUUCGUUCUUUGGUUCCAAAGCUACCCCAGUGAUGACUCGCUGCACUCAGAUUGCUGUCGAAAAUAAUACUCUCGUAGCUGGUUACAUUCAAGAUGCCAAGCUUCUGUCUCUGUUCGAUAUGAAACGGGAGCAGCGACUACAGUCAAUGCCUGUUCAAGAGGUUGUGUACGAUACUUGUCCUGUAUACGUGUCCAAUAAUACAUUCUUGGGAGCAUUAACGGAGACCAAGUGUCGCAUUUACAAAGUCAUAACCAUGGACAAUGGGCGAUAACAAUGGUUUUUAGUUGGAAUGUCUACUUACUUUGAUUUUGUUUUUCUUUUAAAUAAAUGAACUGUUAGAUUUUGACUUUAGCUCUAGCUUACUAUUUGCAUUUAUAUUUUGAUAAAAAAAAUUAAAAUGGUUCUUUAAUGAAACUAUAAAAUCUAUGUUUUUCUUUUCACCUAAAAGACACCUUAUAAGAAAUUCUGAUCCACUUCAAAAGGCGUUUUGAAGCAACAAACCAUUAUUACUUCAAUCGCAGAAUAAAACAACAACGCAGGAUUUUAAUGUUUGCCUGGAGCUCUUAUAAGCGGUCUGGCAGUUUUCAGACAAAAAAAAUAAAAACAAAUCACUUCUCAUAGUAAAAAAAAAGAAAGUGUUUUCACUUUUUGAACUUCAAAAAAAUUGUCAUUGUCAUUUAAAAAGAAUAAAGAUUUUUAACAAUAAAAUGGGCUGGUCAGAAAAAAAGACCUCGAGCAUGUUAAUAUUUUUAUUAAUACUUAUUGUUGCCUUUGCAGUUAGUGCAAUUUUAUUGAUUCUUCAUAAUUUCCGCAAUAAGGAAAUAAAUAGUCAAUUUUUGAAGUCCUUCACAUAUCUUGUAGCAACAACGUUUGGAACUGGACUAGGUUGCAUUUGGUUCAGAAUAUGCAGAUCUAAGAGUACUUUUUUCCAUGUCCUGAUUCAUGCAAUAACCUUUAUGUGCAUGUUGAUUGCAUAUAAAGAUGUGAUUCACCUAAUUUUUGAUGGUGAAAUUGCUGAAUGCUAUAACUGGUAUCCAAUUAGUAUGCUUUCUAUUAGCAUCUAUGCAGCACAGUUUAUUUUGUCCUUUCAUUUCGUAGUUUUUCGUUCUGGACAAAACCCUCGGGAAGAGGCUUUUAACUCAGGAUUGCAUGCGUUUAUUGGAGCGAUUACACUUUUCGCUUGUAUAACAGAUGGAAUUUUAGUGUGCCAUAAGAUUGCAAAACAAGAAAAUUUAGAGAAUGAAGGAACUUUUGCGUUGGCUGCUAUUUGCAUGUUCUUGUUUGCAAUGAGUGUUUGGUACGUUAUUUUGAAUCCUUACUUUGAUUGGAGGAGAUUUAGCACCAUGCAAAGAAAUCAGAACACAGAGAUAAACUUCACUGAAAAUGAAAAAAGAACAUAUAAUUCAAAUUGUUUUAGAGGCAACUGAUUGAGCUGAAGUUUAUUUUGGGAAUCGAAGCGGGAUUAUCUUAACUUAAUUUAAAUAAAAUUAUUUAUUUUCAUUGAAA